UCGUCUCACAAGACGUUCAAGAUCAAACGCUUCCUUGCCAAAAAGCAGAAGCAGAACCGGCCUAUCCCGCAAUGGAUCCGUAUGAAAACGGGCAAUAAGAUCAGGUACAACUCCAAAAGGAGACACUGGAGAAGGACCAAACUGGGCUUGUAAGAGAGACUGUCUCCUGGGAACUCUAAUAACACUUGUCUUCCUGCGUCAGAUUGAUAUGCCCCAUACGCUGUUCAGCAACCCCCAAGUGAUUCCUUCUGUAAUGUUGGACUGCAAUCCCCAACGUUU